UAUUUCGCUUUAAGUUGUGUUUUACCGAAUGUUUGAUAGUCAGCGGAAACAGAUACAUGUAUCGGGUGUUGAAAGGAGCGAGAACGCUCGUGAGUCUGUGAGGCAGAACAUAGCGUUUUUGCUGCUGCUGCUAAUUAAAAGCUAAAGAAGCCGCUAGCCACCUGUGCUAAAUAGCAGUGACCGCUUGCUAGCUAGCGUGCUAACAGAAGCGCUAUUAAUGCAAAGCAGACAGAGCGGCGCAGCUAGCUAGCCGAGGAGUAGCGCAGUUAGCUUCUGCUGGCUAGCUAACGGAGCUAACCUAGCUAACAGAGAACUGCUGCUGGAUUCCACAGCGCUAACCGCAGCUUAUACGGUCUUCGUGUGUUCCUGACGAUGGGAAACGCUGCUGCUGCCAAAAAAGGCAACGAAUUAGAAAGCGUGAAAGAAUUUUUAGCCAAAGCCAAAGAGGAUUUCUUAAGAAAAUGGGAAUGUCCACCACAGAGCUCAACCUGUCUAGAUGACUUUGAAAGACUGAAAACUCUUGGUACAGGCUCCUUUGGAAGAGUUAUGCUGGUGAAACGUAAAGGAACAGAGCAAUACUACGCUAUGAAGAUCUUGGACAAACAAAAAGUGGUGAAGCUGAAACAAAUAGAACACACAUUAAAUGAGAAGAAAAUAUUGCAGGCAGUUUCUUUCCCCUUCCUUGUCAAAUUGGAAUACGCUUUUAAGGACAACUCCAACCUGUAUAUGGUUAUGGAGUACGUUCCUGGCGGUGAGAUGUUCUCCCACCUUCGACGCAUUGGAAGGUUCAGCGAGCAUCAUGCGAGGUUCUACGCGGCUCAGAUCGUGCUCACGUUCGAGUACCUCCACUCCUUAGACCUCAUCUACAGAGACCUGAAACCUGAGAAUCUUCUCAUUGAUCAGCAUGGAUACAUCCAGGUCACAGACUUCGGUUUUGCAAAAAGAGUCAAAGGCAGAACUUGGACGUUGUGUGGAACACCUGAAUACCUGGCUCCCGAGAUCAUCCUUAGCAAGGGCUACAAUAAAGCUGUGGACUGGUGGGCUCUUGGCGUCUUGAUCUAUGAAAUGGCAGCAGGUUACCCACCCUUCUUUGCUGACCAGCCAAUCCAGAUCUAUGAGAAAAUCGUAUCUGGAAAGGUGCGGUUCCCUUCUCACUUCAGUUCUGAUCUGAAGGACCUGCUGAGGAAUCUUCUUCAGGUUGACCUCACCAAGCGCUUUGGCAAUCUGAAAAACGGGGUCAAUGACAUUAAAAACCACAAGUGGUUUGCGACGACAGACUGGAUCGCCAUAUAUGAAAGAAAGGUGGAGCCACCCAUUAUACCAAAGUGCAGAGGGCCUGGUGACACAAGCAAUUUCGACGACUAUGAAGAAGAGGAGAUUCGGAUCUCGGACACAGAGAAAUGUGCUAAAGAAUUCAUGGAGUUUUAGUGGCCAGAGACG